GGUUUGUUCUCUACGACAAAGACUAUCCAACUAUCCAAGCCUUCGAAGAGGAGUUAAAAAGAAGAAAUAGGGAGAACGCGCCUAUUCCGGUCAAGAAAGCCGCGCACCCAAUUGAAGUACAAUCCGAGAAUAGCCCCUCUUCGGCUGUCCAAGUAUUUUCUUCUCCUACCAUGACAUUUUCUCAAGUACGAGAACGACGGCCACAUCACUUGGAAACAAGUCUUGGAGCACUAUGCUUCCAGGCUCAACCAGGCGACAUUACUGACGAGAGAACGGAUGCCAUCGCCAUUAUAUCUAAUCCUGAUCUAGAUUUGAAGAGAGGGGGCGGUGCGGGGGCAGCAAUUCUCAGGAAAGGAGGUGCCUCCAUUCAAAGAGAGUGUAAGUUAUGUGGCCCACAAUUACCCGGAUCAGUUGUAGUUACAAAAGCAGGUAACUUAAAUGCAAGCUUUGUCUUCCACAUAGUCCUUACUCAACCUCUAAACAACAAAAGCAUCAAAGCAGCAAUAAUGAUGUGCCUUUAAGAGGCUGAGAAAAGGGGUCUUUCAUCGAUCUCAUUUCCUGUUAUUGGAACAGGUAAUCUUGGCGUUACAGCAAAAUCCUGUGCGGAGACAAUGUUAUCCGCACUUUGCGACUUUAACAACCACCAGCCUGCUUCCUUGCAGCUCGUUAAGAUGACUAUUUUCCAAAAAGAAAUGACUAAAGACGUCCGUCAGGCAAUGGAAGAAGCAUCUGGACAAGCACCUGCAGAUAAACCUGGAAUUAUUCAACGAGUAGUCUCCACAUUUAGUUGUCUCCUUGGCUUCGGAGAGAAGGACAAUGAGUUUACAAAGAGCUUUCAAGAAGACUCCAACAAAAUUCUCCACCUUGCAAUCUUUGCUGGUUGUAUGGAGGACAUUCAAAGAGCAACUCGCCGCAUAAACGAAAUUAUGACAGAGAACUCAACGACCAAAACUAUUGAGCAUGAAGCUGUCUCGAUGCUUUUUAAGGAUAAUCUCCGCAAGAUUCACACCCUUGAGCAAAUACAUGAUGUUUCAGUUUCUGUCGAGAAACUUGUAGGGCGCAUUGUGAUUCGUGGGCAGCCUUCAGACCUCCUUAACGUCACAGGUGAGAUCCAUACGAUUUUACACAAAGUGAAAGAAGAAGAACACGAACGUAAGCGAGCUGAGGCCUUGUUAAACGAUAUUAGAUGGAAGUGCCAUGAUGGCGCUAACUUUGUGGAAUUUGGAAGCCUCAUAAAUGCAAAGAUCGAAGCUGCCUAUCAUGAGAAGAAAACCAGGAUAACCAUAACUACUGAAGAGAACGAAGAUUUCCGAAUCGAUUUCGGCUCAAUGACAAUGACCGAUCCACUUGGCGUUGCCACUCCAGUCCAGAGAAUCGAUCUGCGAAAGGGGGUCCUGCUACCUACUUACUGGAUUCCACAACCAAAAGACUCACAGGGCUUAGAAAUAACUGUACAUCUUGUGGAGUUGGAUCCUGCGAAAGACACACAGCAGUACGAAACUGUUCAGGACCGAUUCAAGCAAACCUGUCCCAACCAAAUUGUGAAGAUAGAGCGAGUCCAAAAUCCAGCUCUCUUUGGCUCGUAUAUAAUCCGAAAACAGAAGAUGGAUGAGACGAAGGGUAGCAACGAGCAGUGGUUAUUUCAUGGCACUCCGGGUGAUAACUGCAAAUUAAUAAAUCACACAGGUUUCAACAGAAGCUUUCAUGGUAAAAAUGCAACCAUGUACGGAAAUGGCGUUUAUUUUGCUGAAGAUGCCUCAUACUCAGCUCGGUCCACCUAUUCACCAUCAGACCCCAGUGGUCAGAGGUACAUGUAUUAUAGCAGAGUCUUGGUUGGUGAGUAUACACAAGGAAACCAAGGUCUCCUCACGCCCCCAGCAAAGAAUCCAAAUGAUCCAACCGACACCUUUGAUAGCGUGGUUGAUCAAAUCCCCAACCCGAAAAUCUUUGUUGUGUUCUAUGACUGGCAGUGCUAUCCAGAGUACUUGAUUACCUUUCGCUGACUCGCUCAAGGUAUUCUGCGCUGUUUAAUGUUAACGCAACAUGUGCUUCUUUAAAUAGCUAGGAAACAACAACACUAACAUACUAGGCCAAAAGUUUAAAAAGUUUAAUGGAUAGACAUCGUUAGAUUGUCAGUGUUAUAGUUUGUUUUAUUGUAUUUGUGUUUGUUUUCUACUUUUCUUCGCUCUUUUGUUUUAAUUUGUUUUUUUGUUUGACCGGUUUUCGUCGUAAAAGUUAGCCGACUCUAUGAAUACUUUAAGUUUUGGCGAUCCAUCAUAGAUCGCGCUCGGAUAACGAAGUUCUUUAUGUUUGUUUCCCCUCUUCGUCUUGUUGUUUUUUUGUCUGGUUGCAAUUGGUUGUUCAUGAUAUUGAGCGGACUUAAUUUAGACUCGGAAUUUUUUGCGUAUCAGCUAAUCGUGAUCCAUUAUAGAUCGUGCACGGAAAAAGAAAUCAUGCGGCGUACCUUAUUACGUCGCUGGCAGCGCCUGUGGGCAAAAUAAAGCGAAUUCUGUGUUCUGAUUGGCUUCCUGAGUCAAGAUGGACCCAUCUUGCCCGUACGGGAUUCCCCACUUUGAUCUCGCACAUGAAAAGAUUUUAUCGGUAUUAAGUUCGUCAUUCUUGAACAAUGUCAGCGAUGGAGACGCAAAAAGCGGCCGAAGAUAGUCCAAACAAAGAAAACAUGAUGGACUCUCGUGACUUCAUUGUGCUACGAACACAGUUGUUUGUUGUGUUUUUUCGCUUUCUUUCCCGGCUCUCGAGGUAAACAAGUCACCCUUAAUAUAAUAAAUCUGUUAGUGACGAAGCUUGUUCCGUCUAUUUGGCUGGUCAAGAUAGCUGAAUAUUGGCCGAGUUAUUUGUUUGCUUUUUAAGGACUGAGACAAAGUCAAGGUCCAUAAAAAAAAGACCAAGAAAUAGCGAGGCUAAUGUCCAGUUAUCUUGACCUCAUGCUCGGUCAUUAACGCAUAUAUAUACAUAUAUCAUAUAUUCGAUAGCUAUCUUGACCAGCCAAAUAAGCGGAACAAGCUUCGUCACUAACAGAUUUAUUAUAUUAAGAAUGGCAUAUAUUCAUAUAUAUAAAUAUAUGUAAAGAAACUUAAACUUCCGUGUCGAAUAAAGAUACUAAAACCAAUAAAAAACGAAAGUCCUCUUUUUCUUUGCUUUUGCGCUACGCGUUUCACUGCUGUUGCGGCUCUUCAGGCAUAUGCUAAUAUUGAUGAAUGUGCUGCGGGAUUGACCCCUCAGUUCACUAUCUUUCCGUUUUACAAGAUUCUCGACCCUUCCGAGGUCAUGAGAAAGAACAAAGAAAGAUUUUUUAUUUCGAACUAUAAACCCUUUCUGAAUGAUUUGAAAUUACGCUAAUUGCUCGCGCGUGCUUCGAAUUACAAUAGCCUUUGUUAUUGUAAUUACAGUUAGAUCUGUGACAUAAUAAGUCAAUAAACACACUUUGCUACUAUACCUGGAGGGUCGCAAUAGCGGUGAAACGCGUAGCGCAAAAGCAAAGAAAAAGAGGACUUUCGUUUUCCAUUGGUUUUAGUAUAUAUAUCCAUAUAUGGUUAAGACUACUUAUGCGGCACAGCUAUAUUUGUUUCGUACUUUCCUUAGCACUCGACAAAAUUAUUUAGAUGUUCAUGAUAUGGUGAAGUACAAAUGAAUGAUAACUUUGUGAAUCAUAGCUGUUACCAAACAGUUCCCGCCUGAAUCAGUUGAGCAUGGUCGUCCUGUCAAAAUGAGUUUGUGCGGCUCUGUAGAAACCUAUCUAUAUCGUUUCUCCUGUGGUAGCUCUACCCACCCCAGGUGUCGUUCGGCAACGUUAUGACUGGGGAGGGGGAGGGGAAGGGGGGAGGAGGGCGAGUGCGGGGGAGGAGCCAAGCUCGCAGUCGAAAAAGAUGAUCGAGAAAAGAAUGAGCAAAAACAAACCGGCAUCUACCGAUAGAAAAGAAAAGUUGCGAAAGGCUGCGAGAAUUACGUUUUGACACCUCAUUUUGCCCUCUUCGCUUCUUUUUGUGAAAAUUGGUUUCAUGUGCAAACUGGUAACAAUGGAGAACACGCUCGCAGUUAUAACACACUGCGUGAAAAUGAUAGAGUUUUCUAUAACCAAUGUAUUUUUGCAUUGUUUAGCAAUAUUCACAGCGUUUGCAAUUUCUUUUGGUUACCCCUGGCCAGAUUUGUUUUUUUCCCCUAGGAAAUAGGAAAAAAAAGCGAGUUAAUGAAAAGAAAGUGUGGCGUGUAAUGUAUUUCUAUAGUUAUAUCAUCUCAUUAAGAGAAAAUAAUCUCAGGUAAUCUGCGAUUAGGGCUUUAUGUUUUUGAAUGUGAGUAGGUUUGUUACUUUGUUUGGUUGCACGCUUGCUUGUUUGUUAUCUUUGUUUCCCAUGCGUAAAGCAUCAGCGACCAAAGAGCAGGAUUGAAGAGAUGGGUACAGUGUGUGGAUUUGAUAGAGGUUACAUCUUGAAUCGUAUUUUUUUAUGUACAUGUACACCUUAUUGCAAUAACCAAAAUACUGUGACAGAUAAGUGACAGAGUUUGAAAACAAGAAGACGUAGUCCCACGGCACACAUUCACAAAGAAAAUGUGUUGGUACCCAGCUGUUUCAUUUUUCUAAGGGCUGAAUUGUGCGAAAACCUUAAAGUAUAUAUUUCUAAGCUUUCAAGUGAGGCCUUGACGAUUGUAUUUAGUUGAUUCAUCCAACAAAGAUUUAAAUGCAAAACUAAUUCUCUUUGCAUCCUAUCGUUUGUUUUUUCUAUAAAAACGUUCUUGCAAUGAGGUGUACAUGAACGUCCUUACAUUUAGUUAAAAGAAAAUGACAGAGAGGAAGACGACUUUACAGCUGAAGAUGACAGACCAUGGCUUUGUGCACUAAAUGUAACAUGUAACUUUAGGAAGCUGUCUCUUGGGUAAGCUGCACAGCUUGUCGAUUGUUAGACACCGGUCUCCCGUCAAAUAAUAAAAUAAUCACUCGGAAUGAAGGAAA